AUGCUAAAUAAAAGAAUAUACUAUUUUGGAUUUGAUGAAUUUAAAAGAAUUUUAUAUGGAUAUAAGCAUAAUGGAAUUACAAAAUCACAUACGCAAUAUUGUAACUAUACUAUACUUAAAGGAAAAUAUAACAAGAGUGAUAAAAGAAAAUUUAUUAUUUCAUCAACAAAAAAGAAGGAAUUUAAAAAUUAUUUUUUAAAAAAAAAAUUUCAACAUAAUAAAAAAAAAAAAUAUAAUGAAAGCAUAUAUUUAAAUAAAAUAUCAUAUGAAGAAGAAAAGUCGUAUUCAUCUGAUAAAAAUGAAAUAGUAGAAAUAGACAAAAUAAGUAACAUUUAUAUAAAAGAUUUCUUAAGUAAGAAUAAUAUACAUUACUUGUAUGUAUAUCAAUAUUUAAUAAUAGAAUUAUUGAAGUAUAGUAAUGUUUUUAUGAAUUUAAUGUAUUCUGAUUGUAUGAUAUCAUAUAUUAUUUAUUCUUUUUAUAAAAUAAAUUCAGUAAAAUCAAAUACAUUAAACAAAAAUAUAAUAAACCAUAGUAUCCCUAAUGAUAUUGUUUCUAGUAAAAAUACAUCUAUCGAAAAUGUAACUAAUGAAAAGAUAAAAAAAAAAAAUAUAUUCUUAGAUAAUUGUGUAUUAUUUUUAGGGUGCUCAAAGGAGCAAAUUUCGCUAUUGUAUGAAACAAUAAUAAAGUUAAAAAGUAUAGAUAUAUCAACACAUAUAAUAUCUAACGAAAAAAAUGUUGAUAAUAUAAAAAGUAAUUUUUUUUUAUAUAAUAUUAUUAUUCUAAACAUAGAAAAUUUUAGUGAUAAUUAUGAUUUCAGUAUUUUGUUUGAUCAUAUAAAUUUUUUUGUUGUAGAUGAUAUAUAUGAAAUAUAUAAAAAUAAAAAAUCUAAUAUAUUAAAAAAUAUUUUAAAAAUAUGUAAAGAAAAGCAAGUAGGAGGUCAUAAUUUACAAAUUCUUUUAUUAAAUAAAAUAUAUGAUGAAUGGAUUAUAAAAGAAAUAUUACAAUAUCUAAAAAGUAUAAAAUAUAACAUUAAAUUUGAAAAAAAUUUGAAUGCUUUUAAAAACGAAUUUUAUUCUAAUAUAAAUAAUUUUAAUUGCUUUGAUUUACAUGAAUAUAAAAAAAACGACUGUAAACAUAUGAGUAUUAAUGCUCCAUUAAAUGAAGAUAAAAAGUUCUUAAUACUAUUUUAUCUUCUGAAUGAGAAUAAAAAUAAGAAAAUUAUAAUUUAUUACAAUAAAAAUGAUAUAUAUUCUUUCUACAAUUUUAUCAAUUCUUAUAUACCAUGUAUAUUCCUACCUCACACGUAUAAAAUAAAAUGUAAAAGUAAUAUUAUAAAUACUUUUAAUAAAAGUGAUGAUUACAUAUUAAUUACGAAUGAUAAAAAUAUCAAAAAAGCAUAUGAAAUUAAUGCAAAUUUAUACAUUCAUUAUACGUUUGUAGAAAAUGUAAAUACGUACGUAGAUAUGUUAUCAAAUAGUUUUUUUAAAAUAAAAAAUCACACAAUAGAAGGAUUUAAGAAUAAAACUGAUAAUAAUUUUCAUUUUAAAAGUGAAACUAAUACAUUUGAUGGGCAUAUUGAAUCUAUCUUGUUUUAUAAUAAAAAGCAAUAUAAACAGUAUGAAAUAUUAAAUAAUCUUAUUAAUUUUACAAAUUAUAUGUUACCUCCUUUAAAGGUAAUGAAGAAUAAUUUUAUUAACUUUCUAAUUGAAGAAAUUCAGAAUGUUAUUAUCGAUGAUAAUAAACAUUUAGAAGAAGCUAAUAAAAUUUAUGAAAAGUAUGGGCAUUCUUUUAUAUCUGCAUCAUUAUAUUAUAUACAAAAAAAAAAGUUAUUCAAAAAAAAUUUUAAAAAUAAGAGUUAUUCUUUUAUAACAUUUAUUAUAGAAAAAAAUAUUUUAUUAAAUACCAAAAGCAAAAUGAUUGAUUUUCUAAAUAAUUUAUUAAAUUUCAAAAGAAGUAUAGGUGAUAUCAAUUUUUUUAUUCAAAAUUAUUUAUACUGCAAAAGAGGAUAUAUUUUAUCAAUAGCUGAAGACAUAUAUAAUAUAAUACAUAAAAAUAAGAACUUGAAAGAAAAUAUAGAAAAAUAUAAAAAAAUAAAUAUGUAUAUUUUAUAUAACAAUUAUGAAAAAAAUUAUAGAAGUACAUAUGUUAAAAAAGGAACAUACAAGUCUAAAAAAUCUAUGAGGAGAUUGAAAAAAAGGUUGAAUAUGAAAAAAGAACAUAUGGAAAUAAAUAAAUUAAAGAAAUGGAUGACUUAUAGUUUUAAAUUAAAUAGAAGAAAUAUUAAAGAUAAAUUAGAUUCUUUAAAAACUAAAUAA